AUGUGGCAACAAGUGGAGUUCCUAAGGACACCUAAUCGGACUCGAGCUGAGGUUCUUCAGCGCUUCUGGACACAUUUAAGGGUGGAGACACGAUUCCGAACCCUUCUGUACUAUCGCCUGAGUUUCUGUGACUGCUGGUUCGAGGAUGUUCUGGGUUCCGAUAACUCAACAACUUUGCUGUGGAAUGAUCGCACAUAUGCACAUUAUCUAAGACAUCGACAGGAUAUGGACAUUUUGGCAGUGACCUGCCUCAGAUUUACCCAAUAUAAGGAAGCUUUGCGCUCAUUAAGCUUAAUGUUGGAUCAAAUACUUAGUACGCCUGUGGUAUUGCAGCUGUGUGGGGAGGAGGAUCCUAUUCAAGAACAGAAAACAGCCUGGUUAAUAUUGAAAAUAAGUAGGGAGCUAAAGAUGUCCAAUGUGCUGCUGCUUUCAUGGAACUUUUUCAACUCCAGGACUUACUACUCCUUUGAUUUAUUUCCGGAAUUUAAAGUUACCAAACUAAUAUAUCAAGGGAUACUUACCCUUUUUCCCUAUAAACUGGGAAACCUUCAAGGACAUCCCAUACGCACCUUGCCAGAUAAUUCUCAACCACAUACCAUAGUGCAAAAAAGGGCAAAUGGUUCCUUUGACAUUUCCGGUCCCGUGUGGCAAUUCAUGGUCAAUUUCGCUCGACAUAUUAAUGCCACUCUGCAGCUGCCCAUGGAGCCAGUUGCUGGCAAAACCCUAAGAUACGUUGAGGUCCUGGACUUGGUGAUGAACCAAACCGUGGACAUAGCGGCCAGUUUGAGGCCCUUCCGUCAUGUGCAGCGUUCCAACAAUCACAUCUAUGGCUAUCCCAUGAUGGUGGGCAACUGGUGCAUGAUGUUGCCCACGGAAAGGGUAAUAACCAGCCAUGAGGCAUGGCUCAGGUUGAUGGAGUCCCCUUGGCUAUGGAUCUUCUUGCUGCUGCUCUACAUCCUGCACAACUGGAUGAUCCACCGGAUACGUGCAACCUAUCCCAUCCUUCAGCUGAUAAGACCUCUAACAUUCCUGGCGAUUAUCUGCUUUCUGCAAGCCCAACUUUCGGCCUACUUCAUUGAGCCCCAGCAGGUUAGUCACAUAAGCAAUAUGGAUGACGUAGUGCAAGCAGGUCUGAAAAUUAGGGGAAUGCGUGGGGAGUUCAUGGAUUACCCCAUCGAUAUGAAGAGCAGGUACGCCUCCUCCUUUCUGCUGCAUGAUUUCUUCUUCGACUUGACCAAAUACCGGGAUAGGUUCAACACUUCGUAUGGCUACACAGUAACCUCUGUUAAGUGGAACUUGUACAAGGAGGCUCAGCGGAACUUCCGGCGACCCUUGUUCCGCUACUCGCAGGACCUUUGUGUGCAGAAGCUUUCACUUUUCGCGCUAAUAAUGCAGAGCAACUGCCUAUAUCGCUAUCAAAUGAAACAGUUCAUCCACCGAUUGGACGAAGCAGGACUCAUUCGCCUGUGGUAUCGACAAUCCUACUAUGUCAUGGUGAAAACAGGACACUUCCGUUUCGGGGACAUCGACACUUUCCACCAAACACACUCCAUUCGAUGGUCGGAAUGGCUUUAUGUGGUGGCAGUAUUUGGUGUUGGGCUUUUGUUUUCAACGCUUGUGUUCGUCACUGAGCUCACUGUUCACUAUGUAAAUGUUUACUUGCAGAACUUGUAA